GGGCAGGACAGCCGAGGGGACGCAGCCAUGUCCCCGCUGCAGCUCUCCGUCUACUGGCGCCUGUCUCUCGUCUUCUUCUUCAAUCCCUUCCUCUUCUUCCUCGACAUCUUUACGGCCGCCGUGGCCGCCGAAGCCUGUCGCCAUGACAACGGCACCGGCACUUUGCCGCCGUACGCCGAGCACAACCAAUCAGGGCGCGGGGAAGCGUCGGAGGGCGACGCUGAUUGGAGGACGAAGGGCCUCCAGCGUGACUCAGUGUGUGCGUGGACAGGCUGGUUGCCCUAUGGUCAGACUCUGUACAUGGUCGGCCUGCUGCUGGGAUCUCUGGUGGGAGGAGCCAUAUCCGACAGGUUUGGGAAGCGUCCGGUGCUGCUGGCCAGCGUUUUCCUCCACGCUGCAUGUGGCCUUGCGCCCGCCGUCCUUCCUCAGCUCUUCGUCUUCCUCGCCGUUCGCUGCCUGACCGGUGUUUGCUGCUGCUGCAUCAACAUCUGCGCCUUCAGCCUGGGUGAGAGAUCCUCAGCCUCAGCGUCAUCCACACAACACAACACCGCACAACAUCUCACCGCACAACACCGCAUUAUACCGCACAACACCGCACAACAGCGCACUACACCGCACAACACCUGCUCCUCCUCCUCCUCCUCCUGCUCCUCCAGUCUCUUAGCUCUGCUCCUCUCUGUCUCCAGCUCCAUCCCGGAGUCUCCUCGCUGGCUGAUGCUGAGGAGGAGGAUGGACGUCCUGGACCGUUACCGUAGCAACAGCCCAGCUGAUGAGCGGUGCCUGGACCUGCUCUUUGACUCGUCCUGGUCCGACCUGCACAAGGUCCAGGAAGCUCAGAGGGAGGAGCCUGUUACCGGAGGCCACGCCCCCAGUGACAUCGUCCUCCUGAGACACCCCACCGUCCUGCUGAGACUCUCCAUCAUGAGCUACCUGAGCGCCGCCUCAGCGUUGACCUACUUCGGGAUCUGUAUGAACAUCGGCUCGUUCGGCGUCGGCGUUUACUCCGCCCAGUUCUUCUCCGGCCUAUCAGAAGCUCCCUGCCUGCUCGUCCCAUUGGCCCGCCCACUGGGGCGCCGGCCAAUCAGCAUGCUCGCUCUGUUCCUGAGCGGCGCCGCCUGCUUCUUGUCGUUGCUGCUGUCCAAAUACAACGCUGAGCCGGUGCUGGUGAUGACUCUGGCUCUGCUGGGGAAGCUGUGCAUCCUGGCGGCCAUUUUUAUCUCCACGCUGUACAGCAUCGAGCUGUUUCCCACGGUCAUCAGACAGCGCUGCGUGUCUCUGGUUAAUCUCUCCUUCCGGAUUGGCUGCCUGGUCAACAGCCUCGUUCCCCCGAGCCCCAACGGAGCGAUCUCAUUGGCCGCCAUGUUGGUGUACAGCAGCGGACCAAUCGUAGGCUGCGGCCUGUGUCUGUUGCUACCGGAAACCAGCGGCGUGCCGCUCCCUGAUUCGGUGGAGGACUGCGACAGGCAGCCGAGGCCACGCCCACCCGACAUGAGCGCCCUCUGGAGGCCACGGAAGACUCCAGAAACCAUCCCCUGUGCAGAGAAAGACGAGGCCCCCCUGACCCCUGACCCCUGACCCCUGACCCCGGUGCAGUGUGGGUCCAGUGUGGGUCCAGUGUGGGUGUCAGUGUGCGCUGGUGGAGGACGACGCCCUCUUCAGGUCCUUCUGGUCUGUUUGAUGAAGCUCUGAAUCACUCACAUGUGUUUUUUUUUUACCUGAUCUCACUUUAUUUCUCUGCUUUAAAAAAACAAACUCUGGUGUAAAUGUGAGAAAUAAAAACCACCUGCGCCCCAGAAACAACCGUCUGGAGGCGACACGUAACAGAGCCCAGCGGAAAAUAGAAAGAAAGUCAAUGUUUGUUCGUCCGGGAAACAACAAGAAAACAAACCACCAUCAUCAUCAUCAUCAUCAUCAUUAACAUCAUCUCUGGAAUUAAGAUUAAAUGAUUGAAAAGAUUAAAUAUUAAACGUUUCUCUGUAACAAUCCUGGAUAGAUUCAUCAUUAUUAUAAUUAUUAUUAUUAUUAUUUCUUCAUUGAUUCAGAUUCAUGUAAAAAAAUAAAGUAUCACACGAG